AUUAUAGUUCACAUUCCAUAAGUUUUACUGUAGUUGCUGUGUUACCGUCCCUUUGAAUGGCUUUUGCCGUAAUGGAAAGCGGUUAUAUAGUGUUCUAGAGCAGCUAUAAAGAGCCAAAGACAUUUGCUAAACCCUCAACGACUCGCCUAAGGCUAGCUGGAACUAGCUUCCUGGAAUCAGACAGCCUUAUGUGAUACACUUGUCUUGAAGACUUGUCUACUGCCUUUAGAGUGAAUUGUACAUACCAGACACUGAUGGCUUGCUACCCAGGGCAACCGACCCUAGCCCUACAAGUGCCCAGUGUGAUGGCUGAGGGACAGUUGGAGCCAGAGCACCUUGAGGAGUACACAUUCAACUCCAACUUGCGACCUCAGUCCACUCAGUCCAUAGCAAAGUGGUUGGAUGACAACUACCAUUACGAGGAUGGUAUUUGUUUGCCCCGCUCCACCAUCUACGAUCACUACGUGGACCACUGUACGAGGGACAAGUUACAACCUGUCAAUGCAGCAAGUUUUGGCAAGAUCAUCCGGCAGCAGUACCCCAGCCUCACCACCCGGAGAUUGGGCACUAGGGGACAAUCAAAAUAUCAUUACUUUGGACUGGGCAUCAAACCGACGUCCCGCUACUAUACUGCAGACUAUCUGGAGAAACAGCACGGACAGGGGACCACACGGAAAGAAACAGAAGGCAAAAAGACGCAUGCGUACUAUGCAACUAAAGAGAAGCCAAGUGCUGUCCUGCCAUCCUUCCCCAAUGUUAACAGAAUGGAGCUCCCCGCCUCCCUCUCCAGAGAUAAAUUGCAUACCUUCAUGGUCAUGUACCGUGCUCAUUGUCAGAGGAUACUGGACAGUGUGGUCAGAGCCACCUUUAAUGAGGUCCAGAACUUCCUGUACCACUUUUGGCAGGGCAUGCCCUCUCAUCUACACCCCAUCCUGGCCACGGACAUCGUCACUGACCUCAUUGCAGUCUGUGACACCAUUCUCUACAAGGCCAUCUCUAAUGUCUACAUCACAACACCACUGCAGUCCAUCCCGGAAAAUGUUGCUCAGGAGGUCCACCAUUUUUCGGGUAACCUGAGGGAAUCACUGGAGGCCGCACUCAAAGGGCUACCAGACUCACUCAAGGAAGUCAAGUAUCAGAUUGCUGCAGUGUUCAAGAAGAGCCUACAGAGACAGCACUCUCUAAUGCACCUGGCAGAUGCCACCCGUAAUGCUCUCCAUGGUGAUGACCCCCUGGACCAGUUGGCCGAGGACUUUGCUGCUUUAGACAUUGAGAACAUUCUGACUCAAACUCUCUUUGCAGUACAGCCUCUCAGUCUGUCUGAUCGAUGUGCCCUCAUGGUGCCUGAGUUUCUGGAAGAGUUCAGUGGUGUGCUGUCAGAACAGAAGACCAGUGUGGAGGACUUUAUUGUCUGGGUGGAGAAGGUGGUCGACCAUUGCAUCAGCAAAGAAGAGAGUGCUGCGAGACGGAGGGAGCUCAGUCGAACGUUUCUCUUCACCUGGAAGUUCUUCACCUCCAAGAUAGUUAGGGAGCUCACACUGAUGAGUGCACCCAGCUUUGGGACGUUUCAUCUGAUCCACACGCUGAUAGAGGACUAUAUAGUACACACACUGGAGUCACUCAUGGAAGCAGAAAAGGAGAACGAGUUCACUCAAAGGAUACAAAUGCUACAGUUAGAUACUCCCGCGCCUGAGGUGAGUGGGAACAAUACAAAGAGCACCUCCCUCCAGCCAUCUUCGAGCUCAGACAUCCCCCUCAUAGCUGAACCACCUUCACCCUUCAACUUCACUCCCAAUCUAACUUCGCAUUCAAGAAGAAGCAGUGUGGAUAUCACUACCACCCCUGAGCAAUCGUUUGUCAACAUUCUCUCACCGACUCUCGAGCCUAUGCAGACUGAAAGCAUUCUACAACGAUCUUCCAACACGUCUUUGUCUAGUUUACAACAAACGGGGAGAGGGGAUGCACAGGCUGAGACUAACACACUUCAGGGGCUGAUAACCUCUCAUGGAAUUGGUGCUUAUAGUAUGCCUACUUCACAAGGAGGCUUGAUUCAAAGACGAUUGCAUCAGGGUAUGUCUAACAACUCAACCACUGCGGCUAGCUCUGCUGUGCAGAUUCAAGAAAUUCACUCGACUACUUCAAUGGGAUUCACUAGAAACCAAGAUCAUUCGCUACCACUGAAUUUUGUACAGUCACAUGGCCACCCGGCAAACAUUGGUACUUUUACUUUACCUCCACUCACACUCCCACCGCACCUACAGACAGAGCACUCCCUCGCAUUUGACUCUGCACCACAUAGUAUGAAUGGCUUGCUUGGUGAAUCUUCAAAUCAACUAAGAAAUCUCCACGUGCUAAAUGCUUCCCAAAAAAAUUCGGUAUCGUCCUCCCACAGUGAACCAAGAACUUCCAACCACCCUGGAGUUGUACCACCAAUGCCAGUAUCUCUAGCACACAUGGCUGCCUCUGGAAACCUACCUGGUGGGAUACCGAAUCCAUCAAGUUUACCACUCUUUCCAGGGAUGCCCAGUAUGUACCCUUAUCCGUAUCCAACGUCCCUGCCGUCACUUCCGUCGCACAUACCUAGCAGUAAUAUGCCCCCCUUUCCCCCUCAAGGCCUGGUGUCGAGGUAUCCAGCUCCAUACGUCACGCCGCCACUCUAUGGGAACUCACAACCGCCAAUCAUGAAUAGAAGAUGAGAACGAUGAUGAUGUUUCAAUUUUUUUUUGUAUUUUUCCAAAUUUGAAUAGCUUGUUUUCUUAUACUAUUACUAGUUCACAUGCACAGACUAUUGAGCUAUAUAACGUGGCAAAAUGUUGAUCAUUUGCUUUGAGUUGUUCAAAAACAUUCUGAUUCCAAAAAAUUGUUGGGAAUAA